AUGUUCAAUAACCUUCGACGACCGGUGCCCUCGAAGGCCGCUCUCAAAGUCCUCUACCAACUCGCCUACAUCUCCUCUGGAACCGCGGUGGGCAUCGCAACGCUCUGCACGGAGGAGCGCAGGAGACAGGCGAAGAUCGUGCAGAAGAUAGCUGAUAAUGCGAAGAGGAUACGGCAGAGUCCGCGAUAUGUGCAUAAUGCGGCGACGGCGGCGAGGAGAGAUGAGUCUGGGGAUUCGCAACACGAGCUGAUGCAAUACGCGCCAUUGGAUCAGAUGGAGGGUGAGCAGGGCGAAUAUGUCCAAGGCGAACACGUCAAUGGAUGGAAAAGAAGACCAGUUCGUGAUAGCGAUCUGCCGUCUGCGGUUGAGCGAGGAUAUGAGCAACUGUCCUGGCGGGGUUACAAACGUGCUCGAAAGCGACGGAGGUCGGCUCGAGACCAAGCAAAGACCGAGCGUGUUCGAAACCCUUUCGUGUCCGACCAGUCUACCAACCAUGGUGUUCUGCGACGGGUCGAAGCGCCAACCGCGUUGAUCAAUGUAUACUCAAGAGGGAGACACGGAGGAAGUCGACUCAGCUUCGUGCAGCAAGUGGAAGAGGCAAUGGAGAAUGACAUGCCCUCGCACUUCAGAGACAUGCUGAAAAACUCGCCGAAAGAGAGCUUUCGCGGUCGACGGAAGUCAGUAACACCGCAAUCGCUCUCCCUGGAUAUCGACCUCUUCUUUCAGAAGCAACCGUGGAGCUCGAAUGGAAUUACUGAAACAAUGAUGGCAUCCGUCCUUUUCCUGGAUGCCAUCAAAUUUGGCACACUCGUGGAGAUCGAUUCCCUAUUUCGGUGGAUGGCCACCAGAGAUGCCCUCCAGCCCGCGCAUUUUAUUGCGAUCUGCGAUGCACAUCGGGGUCUCGCAGACAGACUUGACCACCAAGAGCUUUUUGAGUUCUAUAGAAAACUGUUCGAGACAGACGAGUUCCGCGGCCUCGAGACGACAGAACGAAUACACAGUUGCUUGACGGUGGCUGAGGACAGCGGGUCCUGGGACUUAGACCUCACCGUGGUCUCCCGCUAUAAUCGACUUCUAAAAUGUGUGAAAGCUAGCGAAUUCAAGGAAAUCUUAGAUGUCCUUGAUGGUGCCAUUGACAAGCUGCUGGAUUCACACAACGCCCCACGUGCGCAUCGUUGGACAAAUAUGGUGGUGUUGAAGAUGUUCAGGUCAUCCAGGAUCAUCCAAAUGCUUGCACAUGACGAGACCCAGCGAUUGGGUGCAAUACGAAGCAAGGUCUUCGAGUCUGCUCUCAUGCAUGGUCAGUUUGCGACUGCGUCUCGCCACCUGGAGCAUGCGUUGCGCUAUGAACCAGAUGAUGCUUUAUUUCGUCUGGAACGAUUUGCUUUGGCGUGCGCCCAGCGGGACUCGUUCGCGGAGCUUUCACGUUUCCUCCACCCUGGAGAUGUACGCUGUAAAAUCGACCACCUGGUCCUUCAAUUAAGUGACAUGGCAAGGGCUGCUGUGGCUAGAGCCUGCAUUGGAGAUAGAAAACGGCCUCUGCAAAGAAGCCUCUUCGACGAACUAUACUCAACACUUCCGGAAGAGCACCGCCAACCCCUAUUCGAGGCUCGAACCAGCAGACAACUCCAGGAUCAGUGGAGCAGCAAUCACGACCUUUCUGUUGUUUGGGAGGAAUACCGGUCUGCAAGAGAUUUUGCCCUUCACAAUGGCACACAGGAACUGAAAUUUGCUUUGGAUACGGCAAUGAUCGACAUUUGUAAUGCUGCCAAUCGUCCCGAUCAAGCGCUUCGACUUCUCUCAGAUCUUCAUCAGCGCACGCCACAUUCAUCCCGAACCUUGUCAAUGGCAGCAGUGUCUUUGGCACAAAAGAACGCAUGGGAGAGGGUCAGAAAGCUUGUUGAUCUCAUGGCAACCUCGGGAACAUUUGUACAGGACGGUCCCGUUUCCCGGUGCUUCGAAAACAUUAUCCGCCGGUUCGCACAUCGCCAUAAUCCAGCAGACACAUGGAAGUUUGUGACAGGUCUCAUCGAGAAGCUCCGCUUCGUACCAACUUGGGCGACGACGCAAAUCGUGUUGCGAGCUUUCGUUCGCAAGAAGCAUUUGUCCUUUGUCUCUCACUGGAUUAGGUACUUAAAAACGAUGGGUCACCGAUUUGAGAUGGACGUGAGGGCUGCGGCGAGCCUGAUGAACGCAUAUUAUCUUGACCAACGGCCUCCCCACGUUUUGAUAAUGUGGUUUUGUCGCAAGAUCACGCAGCUAGUGCCAUCAUUCGACGCGGCUGAAUUCGAGCGUGUCAUGCUUGAAGCUAAUACAUACGACCUGCGGAAAGGCAAGGGCGAACUUCUUCAGAAGGCAGAGAAGAACUUGAAUGUUCUUCAGCACUUGGAAGGUGUCAUAUCUCGUCCAUUCAAUGAGCGUCCUUUUGCUUCGCCUGAUGGGCCCUUUCCAAAAGUGCCAGACUCCAGUGGUGCGACAAGGCUGGUGCCUCAAACUAAUCAGGUGGGCAAUGUACCAUCUCGUCAAGCAUCGCAAGGAAAUUUGCCCUUGGAAGCGCCGACUGUGGACGAACUUUUCCAGAACCUGAUGCGCGACUUUGAAACCGAAAAUGCUCCCUCGGAUCAUCCUACGGCUUCGUAUUCUGACAUGAAGAGCGAUGGACAUGUUACCGAGACCAUUGGCUCUUCUCCCACACAGAAUCCUGAUGAUGAGAUGUUUGAGCAAGAAAGUGAACUCUCACAGUAUCUUAUGGACCUUGAAGCAGAUCUGCAAACUGGCCGACCUUGUGAAGGUCCAGCGCAGCGUAUCCAAAGAGAAAUGCUGACAAAGUUCUCGCUGCAACACUACGAGGAGGUUUUGGAAAUCUUCCGUUCUUCUCGUUCGCCUGCAGGUUUGCCUAUAUCGCGACAGGCACUUGAGACGGCUGUGGAAGCGAGCCUUCGAUUACGUCGCGGCGAUCGAGCUGAAGCCCAAGAUAUCAUUGCAGAAGCCCGCCGAGCUGGAAUGGACACUUCUAGUGCAGUGCAGCCAAUACUUCUUCAUCAUAUGUGGCAUUUGAAUGCAGAUGACAAGAAGGAUGUCAACAAUUUACGCCUGAUGGUCAUGGACUGGGAUCGUGCAAACGAAGCGAACGGACUUCCCAUGAACAAUCACAUUGGCGUCACAGCAGCCAACAUUCUGAUCAACAACCACCGACCAGAGUACGGAAUCAACCUCUUGAGCGACCUCAGCCGAUCGGAACGCAUUCAGAAAGAGCCGUUUGACAUUGUGGCCAUGACCGUCUUCAUCAAAGGGUAUGCGGCUCUGAGGUCUGAGAAAGGCAUCAAAUGGACAGUUGAAACCGUCUUAAAAAAUGACAUGCGAAUCGAUCGAAAAUUCCUCGACACCCUCAAAGUCUGUGCAACGCAUUUCGAAGCAUCUGGUGCAAGUCGCACGGGAAAGCCGAAUAUGCGACCAAAUCACUUUCGAGCACAACUCAGACAAUGGCGGUUGAUUUGCUCACAGCGGCGCACGCAGCAGAGGCAAUCAGCGAAAGUUUUCGGGAGGAACCUGGUGAAGUUCAUCUCCAAACUGGCAAAUGAAUCGCGAAAGCCGGUGAUCAAUGCCGAUGUCAGGAAAGAGCUUGAUGCCCAGCUCUUCGGCGCCUCGCCUUUCCACGAAGCCGCAACCUCAGCGGUCUCACCUGAAAAGCGAAGGCGACUAAGACGCACGAGGAUGCGCGUUGCGAGAGAGAUCCGUUGGGACCAAGGGCCACGGCAUGAGGGUCUUCGGACAGCAGAUGUCACUCGCGAUGCCGUUUGGGUCCAGCAAUACCGUGCUUUCCUUAGACGGGAUGUCGUUAUGCCUGAUGGUAAGCUUGCUUCUUUCAGGUACAGGCUCGCCAAUGUGCCCCGCCGAAAAAGGGCGCGAGAAGCUCGCUCAGGGCAGCCUGCACCGAUCAAUGAGAGCGUGGUGCAUGAUUUCGAUGAAGAAGAGAGCAGCCUAUGA